AGGUGCGUAUGUGUUUUUUUGUACGUUUGGAUCAUGCAUGUAAUUUUUGAUGGUCGUGGAGACGUUGGCAGUGGCAAAUGAAUACUUAUCUACUAAGACAUGACGACCAAGAGAACUUUUAUCAACCCGUAAAAGGAAGAAUUUUGCAAAUGCUGGGGUUCUUGUUGUAAUCACGGAGCUAUUUCUCCACCAUCCUCAAGUAUCUUUCUCGGGAACAACAUCAACAGAUAAGAUGCACUCAGGACCAUCAUGGUGCGGCGUGCAGGACGUUUUGAACUUUGUGGAGAAAAGGGAGAGAGGAUCCGUCACAGUUUCGUCUUCCCAGAAAAUGCAGCAGUCCCAGUUCUACGAUGACCACGAUCAUCAUAGACAUAUUAGGACUGCGACUGUUGGCAUCGCGGCUGCAAGAACUACCGCUUUCAUCUACGUAGGACCUCCGGUAGAAGACGUCCAUCAAGUGGUGCACAAUAGUCUUCGCCCAGCAAAGAACGAAGAGCCGCUGAAACACGCAAUUGACAAUUGGGACGAGUAUUUUCUCGGAAAGACGACUGGCGGAGGCGGAGAUGGAGCUGAAGACAUUGGGGGUGUUUCUGCAGAUGACCGCUUGGAAACCGUGCUCAAUGGACAAGCGCCGUCUGACGCUUUGCGCAUGGACGUGCGCCAAGCAUGGACCGGCGGCGUCAAUCCAUGGAACCACCAGCGGUCAGCUUUGCCCACUGCAGAGCAGUACGCCGGUGGAAAAUCACUCAAGAAAGUUAUUUAUGGACCAUAUUAUAGUCAGCUUUGAUUCAUCUUUCACAGCUGCCAUGUGCUUUCCAUAUCCCCCCCCAUGUGCCAACUUGUUCGGAAACGACGCGUAACCCUUAGGAGGGGAGCUAUUCCCCAGAUAGGGUUGCGCUCGUGGGUGGGCGUGUGUUUUCGUUUGGUAGACAACUAAGGCCCUUGCCUCUCGUAUGAUUAAAGUAAGUGACGCCUUGGCAGCAGCUCUUGCCAUAAUGAAGCAAAGCUUGCUAUAUUAUGCAUAGUCAGCUUUGAUUCAUCUUUCACAGUGCGGCCAACAACAACAUCUUCUCGAUUAUAGUCAGCUUUGCUUCAUCUUUCACAGGAGCGCGGCCAACAGCAACAUCUUCUCGACGAAGAAGCCCUGUAUCUGUUCCCAUGAUUGAUUGAAAUAGACUGUGAAUAUUCAGAAGAGAAGGGCGAAGGGCCGAACAAAUGGCAUGACGGGGAGACAGUAAUAAACAUGUUAUGAAUGUAUAAAAAAGUAGCACUGCACAUUUGUUCUAUUUCUAGUUCUCAUUCUCUUCUAAUGCAUCACAGCAGGGUCUUCAAAGUCAUCGGCGUCCGAUGCGGCAGCAAAGGAGUUUCAGAAUUUUCCGUACCUGGACGAGAUGACGCCGGCUCCGACCCGGUACGGCAUCGAGGAUAUUCAGUUUCGGCCUCACGUCGUCGAAUUGUAUCGCAGCGGCGCCUUUGAAGGUUCGAACCUCGAAGACUUCGUUUGUUCUCGCCACAACUUUGACAGUGUGAAGACACGUCAAAACUAUCCGGGUCCCAUGCUUUUUACCCCACUUCGCAAAGAUCCGGAGAAGAAUACCUCCAUGCUCUGGCGCUUAUCGACCUAUCCUUAAGGCAACCGGAAAAGAUCGCUAUCCUUGACCCUUUCUCUAACUAGUACUUGAUCUCGAAGUCGUUCUAGUUUUUUAUAACAUUUAACAUACCUCAACUUCUUGGACAUGAAAUAAGUAAAAACGAAAACGAUCCUCGGACUCGGAGGUGAAUCUUCAAGGAUCGUAUCUUCAAUGCCCCCAAGAAUGCGGUGGCUCUGUCUAAUAUACGGGAGAUCCAGGUAGUGAAAACGAAGUGGGAAAAGGGCUGAGUGUGGUUCCUUUCAAGUCCAGGAUAAUGCAUUGGAUCAUGCGAGAAGCUCUCGAAUACUGGCACUGGCGUCGUAAGAACUCUUUUUUUUAUGAGUUUUCGUAUGAUGAAGAUGAUGGUCAUAGUGAAAUAUUACUUGUGUAGAAGUUAGUUGGUACUAGAUGACUAAUGCAGCAACGGUGUGAUAAUGGCUAUAGAAGGCAACAUGGCUAUAGAAGACGAAGAUCAAUGACGCUUCAAAAUUAUCCUGCAAAGCAUGAUGGAGAUGGACAUUCUUUUCGGGGUGUUCAAUUCGUUCUUCUUCCUCGUAGAACCAACUCGUAUCACUAUGUGUAUGUCGUGACAACAGCUUCAUCAGAGCAGGUUCGUCUCCUCUAAUUCUUGUCCGCCUAUGGCCAUGCACUCAAUGAUGGCGCGGAAGAAAAGCCAGAUAUUGCAUCUGCUGCGACAGUGAAGGACGAGAAUGGCGAUGGAAGCAGAGACGACGCUUCCGCUGUUUCCAGUUCCAACAGCAGAGGGUAUGCCAAAGCGUCUGCGAGUGUCGUGAAAUCUGGGAUCUCGAAGCUGAGCAAACCCUUAGGCUGGGCGCGAGACUUAGGCCGUAUAGUGCACGGCGCAGGGCAUUCCGUGUACGACAAGUUUCUGGGUCCGAAGCUGAAUCCCCGGAGGUGGCGCGUCUUUCGUCACGUGUUCGCUAAGACCGCGCUCAACGGACGGGACCUCUUCGAAGCGCCGCAUCCCCAGACGGUGCCAACGUCCCGAAAGCAGAGGGAUCUGGCGCUACGCGCGCUGCGUCAAAAACAGCGAGAACUGAAGCAGUUCAACAAAUUGUUUAGUCUCUACUAUUACCGACUCAACCCGCGACUUGUAAGGUAUGUUGGCAACCGUCGAUUUCUGUUCACUUUUUGGAGACCGUCGAGAAGUCUGAUCUUUUGUUUGAUGAGGACGAAUGACAUAUGUUAUAAUAGGUCUGCGUUCUCCCUGCCUCGAGUGACCAGUUAUUCUAUCCUAGUUGAAUAGAAUGCUUGUGCGUCUCCUUGACAAGUCUUACUAUUAUCUCGUAUGGUGCAGUCGCUGUGUAGCCCUGUCCACAUGCACGGCAUCCGCAACCUAACCUUCUGCUCACUACGUGCUGUAAGUAGAUGAACAAGCAGCACGAGCACAUAUUGGAGGUGUAGACGUAGAGGUUCUUGAAGUCGAGCAAAUCCUGUGUAUCGGCAUUGAUAGUCGUUCAUUCUAUCGUGCCAGUAAGUAUGAAAAUAGUUUACCAACAAGAAUGAAGCAGAUGUUGCAGAUAAGUACCUAAACAUAGUCCUCACAGUUUGUUCCAAGCUUUUCUUCCUUUUUCACUUUUCAUUCUUUUCCACCGAGUACCGGAGGCGGUGGCGCGGGUCUAGCCACCAACCUGGUUACCGAGAAUAAAACGAAAAAAAUGAUGGAAGGACUCCAGUUAUUAAGGGCUACAAAUACAUAUACAAACUUUGACACUUUUAAGAGGACCACCAGUAAGAGUAAAGCUGAUUGUGACAUGUAGUUGGUACAGAAAAAUAGAAAGUACAGUAGCAGAUGUUUCGACCUGCGACUUUGUUAUAUAAGUAUGUACAACCAGGGAGGGAGGCCCCUCCGUCACUCUCAAAAAUUUAGAUCGGGGGGGCCUUCAGCCCUGAGCCCUGGAACGAAUAUAGUUCCCAAAUAACCACAGGGUGGGGAACAGGAUGUUGCAUCUUAUUGAACGGAGAAGGAACUAUUGCCAUUGUACGCUGGAAGAUCUUCAUCGCGUAAGCGUAAGUCUAAUGAAGCCUGGCCUAGGAAAAAGCGUGUUGUCAACAUCGCUCGCCGAGGAGCCUAAACAUCCGUGGGUUAAACUCAGCCAAAGGGUGGACGUGUCCGAAGUGCUGCGUCGACCCUACAUCCACGUAACACUGGAGGAUAAGACGGCAGGACAGAUCCUGUGGGAUGCAGUGUACAACAUGCGAAAUCAAGUCCAAUUUGCAUCCGAUACGUUCGGGGGUCGCAUGAAAAUGCUCUUCAAUCCGACGAAACAAGCGGGAGACGUAUUCACAUCAUAUUUAUAAGUAUGCCUACUGACCUUAGUUUUAGUAUUAAUUUUGAUGUUCUUGCCCUAAGUAUUCUUAUCGUAGAUUUAGACCUAAGACAAGUUAAUAGUGGAAAUAGAUACUCCUCAAUAUCUUCAAUGUUGAUGAACUAAAGGUGUGUAGAAGUAGAAGUACAAGUAGAUACUUAUCUUUAACGACAAUGAUGAACUAGAGCCAACUACGACAACCGAUUACGGUGAGUCGCAUUCUUUCUUUAAGUGCGUCGCUUUGCUAUUGAUAGACUCUCUCAGCACGCGGAGAACCAUCAUGGAUUGAUGUGAUCUUACGCAGUAGCUACCACCCCCACGACCUACCUCGUCUAAGUAAAACUAUUACUUAUGAUCAUCAUCAUGACUAAUACACGGUACACCAAUAUCACUAGUGUCUAUGUUGAAUGAUCAAAUCAACUUCACGUCGAGUUUGUCUGUAUUCAUUGUGAGCGCGAUAAAAAGCGCGCACUCUCGUGCUGAUUAGUGUCACGGCCAUGCGUCAUGCUUAAAAGUUUGCUUCGUCACUCUCAUCACCCACAUCCUCAUCAUAGCUUAUGGCCAAUGAUGGAAGAAUCGAUUGAAUGAUAAUUUUUGGGCGAUAAAAAACCUAUUUUUCGAGGAUUGGACAUUUCAAAUUUGAAAGAUUUUGAGAUUCUAGAAUCAUCUUCACCAUCAACCUACUACACCUGGUUCUAUGAUAAUGCCAGUGUUAGAACUGCAACUAACACCGAAUUACCUUAAUUCUAUAGGUAGGAGAAUCCUUCUUAUACUACUAUGCCUAUAAUGGCUAGUAAGUCUAGAGUUAUACUACUAGAAUGAUACUCGACGUUCUACGACUACUAAUGAAGAUACUUGGUUUUCUACUAGAAUAGAUACUGCUACAAGUAUCUAAUAGAUAAGUUUCAACUAAGACUAACUACUGACCCCAAGGUACACGUUUUACAUUGGCAUUGCUGAUAUCAAAGUAUUAGUUUCAGACUAUGGUUGUCGUUAGCAGAUGCAAUUGCAAUUGAAUGAGAUUAACACUGUCUCACUGAAUAUUAAAUUGAAUGGCUGGGCGAUAAAAAACCAUUUUUUCGAGGAUUGGGAAUUUCAGUCCGAAAUUGGCAAGAUAAGCCCUAGCAUCAUCCUCCUCAUCAUCCUCCUCCUCAUCGUCAUCGCCUUCAACAAUGACCUUGAAUCAGAACGAAGACGCCUCGACUUUGCACGAGAAAGCUGCUGCGAUUCACGGCGUGCAGAAAAGGAUGAUAAAAAUAUGUCCCAGGCAAAGCGAUCUAGUUCCGCGCACGUACUCCCUCACAGUAAAGCGGUGGCCCAGCUGGGACGAGCAGGAAGAUUUCAUUGGCAAAGCGUUGUAUCUUAAGAAUCAUGAGACUUAAAGGGCAGUCGAUCAUUUUUAUCCCAUAUGAGAUAUGACCACCUGCGAGUUAGUCGAUCAUGUUCAUGAUCAUCGCGCCUGACCAUGAUGAUGAUCUGUCCUGAGGAUGAUCUUCAUCUUCAUCAUCUUGCCUAACCACAUAUUGAUUAUAAUCGUAUCCUAAUUCUGGGGGUCGUUGGGUCUGCUCUCCUGGAACAUUUCAAGAGGAAACCACGGGGAAAGGAAGCAACUCACAACUCUAGUGAAAUGAACAGUGAUUCUCGGAUACAACUACCUCUAAGCAUCAGUCCUACCAGACCGUGAACCGUACGCCCGAACGGGAUACAAUGGCGCGGCACUUGGAGAGCAAAAAGACCUAUGGCCUCCUUCCCGAAGAAGAGAAACGGUUUGCAAAGCAACAAAGCGCGAAUUUGAGCGAAAGACUUGCAGCUGCAUUCACUGACAAAAUAAGCGCGAGGAAUGCUCAGAAAGCGAUGCAAAGAUGA